CACGCCCCCGAAGCUCUCUGGCCAGCCUGGGGAAAAAACAAGACCCGGCGAGCCCGAAGGUUUGCCUUGUUACCCUAGCAACGGUGUCUGGAACUGAUAGAUGGCCACCUAGAGAUUUGUCCGAACUUGUGGGGUCUGGGCCGCGUGUUCCCAACUUUUAAGGCCUUGCAGCCCUGAAGACCCGAUGUUUCAUGGAACAAUCACAGAAGAGCUAACCAAUCAUAAAGAAUGGAGUCACUAUAAUGAAAAUAUAAUAGAAGAUCAAAAAGAUUUUGUCUUUGUGAAGUUCAAUGGACUUCAUUUAAAGUCUAUGGAAGGUUUUCAAUCUUAUAUCUCUCUUAGAGUAUGCAUCUUCUCAAACAAUUUUAUUACAGAUAUUCAUCCACUUCAAAGUUGUAUAAAAUUAGUCAAACUUGAUCUCCAUGGAAAUCAGAUAAAGAGUCUACCAGAAUCCAAAUUUUGGAGUGGAUUGAAGAACUUAAAACUUCUCUAUCUUCAUGACAAUGGGUUUGCAAAGUUAAGGAAUGUAUGUGUGUUAUCUGCCUGUCCAAGCCUCAUUGCCCUUACUAUGUUUGAUUGUCCAGUAAGCCUUAAAAAAGGAUAUAGACAUGUUCUUGUCAACGGUAUAUGGCCUCUCAAGGCACUGGAUCAUCAUGUGAUUUCUGAUGAAGAAAUAAUUCAGAACUGGCAUCUUCCUGAAAGAUUCAAAGCAUAUAACCACAGACUUUUCUUUAAUUUCUGCCCUUCUUUGAAAAAGGGAUCAACCUAUGAGGAUGAAAUUGGUAAUAUCAAAUAUAUUAUUUCAAAAAUUAAUGAAAUCCUGUCUCACAACUCACCAGUUUUGAUUGUUCAAAGAUGGAUACGUGGUUUUUUAGUUAGGAAGAAAAUGAGCCACUUGUUCUUACAUAAAAAACAUCGGGAAAAAAUUACUAAUAAAUGUGAAACAAAAUGGAUUUACAUACAAAAAGGAUUUGAAGAUAAGCUGUAUAAGGAUCUCUUUCUUCAGCCUGGAACUAAUAAGACAGAAAAGCUUUCACAUUGGAAAUAUAAUAUACAUUCUCCUUUUGAUUUAAAAUAUUCUAGUGAAAGGAAAAAACAUGUUUCUUCUAUUUUAUAUGAAUUAAAAACAAGAAAACCAAGACAUCUCAUUCAAAAAGGUCAGAAAGAGUCUGAAGAUGAAAUUGAGGAUGAAGAAUUGGAUGUCAGUUUUAGGAUAUCAGUAUUCAAACUACCCAUCUAUACUUCAGAUUCACUGAAGUAUACUGCAGUAUUGAAAGUGAAAGAACAAGAUUCUUUUCCUACAUGUGCCCAGCCAUUUUCUACCACUCAUCAAAAACCAGUAAUUAAAAUAAAAGACACGCUUUUGGAGAAGAGCGUAAGAAGAGAGUUUUUUACAACACAAAGAACUGGUAUGAAACUCCAAACACUUUGUGAUAUUGAUAAAUAUGGCUCAGAACAGAAGCAGCAGGAAAACCAUAAAAAUAAAGUAACAGCUGUAAGAAUGGCACAAGUGGCCCAAGAACGAAUUAGAUUAGCUAUUCAAGAAAAUUUAGAUAAGAAAAUAUAUGCCACACAUAAACUAACAGCCAGAGAUAAUAAGACAAUUCAGAAUGGUUUACAACGACUCUGGCAGGACAGAUCCAACUACCUUGAGAAAGUUAAAGAGAAGAGAGCUCUGUUUCUGGAAGGAAAAAACCAAAAGACUCAAGAGCGUUUAUUAAUUCAGAACUUAAAUAAUGAGCGCACUUUUUUGAUCAAAGGAAUGAAUAGAAUUGAUAGAUUGAAGCAGAAGCAGGCUGCCUUAAAAGACAAAAAUCUGUUUGUUCAGCAAAAACUGAUAACUGAAAAAUAUCAAAGGGAUUUUCUUAAACAAAUGAAAGAAAUUAGAGCUCAAGAAAUAUAUAAAAGACACUGUGAAGAAAAAUUUGUUAAUGAAAUGAUUGCCUUUCAAAAAGCUUGUGAAAGAUUUCAAGAUGCUCAAACAAAAGCUGCAACUGUGAAAAAGGAAUUUAAUCUUUAAUAUUUCUAAUAGAAUGACAAAGUGAACUGAUGGCAGAUCAUAUUCUGUGGUCAUUUUGAAUUAUGUUCAUUAUUUUUAUUUAAAGAACUUUGAAAUAAUUAUAUGAAAGGAGUAUUCCAUGUCUCAAGAUGGUUUUAUAUAU